AUGUUCCAGACCAAUACCGAGUAUGAUCGCGGUGUGAACACGUUCUCGCCUGAGGGGCGUCUUUUUCAAGUGGAGUACGCUAUUGAAGCCAUUAAGAUGGGUACUACAGCUAUCGGCAUUCGUACUAAGGAAGGCGUCGUGCUCGCCGUGGAGAAACGAUUGACGUCACCAUUACUGGAGCCUGGCAGCAUUGAAAAGAUUAUGGAAGUUGACCGUCACGUCGGUGCCGCCAUGAGUGGCAUCACUGCCGAUGCACAGACGUUGAUUGACCACGCAAGAGUUGAGGCCACUAAUCACUGGUUCUCAUACAAUGAGCCUGUACGUGUGCAGGCUUUAACGCAGUCUAUCUGUGACUUGGCAUUGAGCUUUGGUGAGGGCUCGGACGAAAACAACCAUAAGCAGAAGAUGAGUCGUCCAUUCGGCGUGGCAUUGCUGCUUGCUGGUGUGGAUGAGACUGGCCCGCAGCUCUUUUUCUCAGAGCCAUCAGGCACGUACUGGCCCGUGAAGGCUCAUGCUAUCGGUUCUGGAUCGGAAGGUGCUCUUAACAACCUGAAGGAUGGCUACACGGACGAGCUAACGUUGCAAGAGGCCGAGAACCUCGCUAUUGGUGCUCUCAAGCAGCACAUGGAAGAGAAACUAACAAGCAUUAACGUCGAACUAGCCAUUGUUACGCGCGAAAAGGGCUUCCACGUCUGCACUACUGAAGAACUAGAGGUCGUGAUCGGUCGCCUGUAG